AACGUUUUUUGUUGAAGAAAACAUUUUAAAUGUUCUCUCAAAACUCAAAAGUGCAAGCAUACAGAGAGGGAACAGUCGACUUCUAAACUCUUCAAACAAAAACACAACAAAUGGCUUCAAAGUUUAACUCAGCUCCGACGACCUACUCUCCAGCGUCGACCCGGAAAACUCGCCCACCUAUUUUCAAACACUCCGACGUUGAUUGGGUCCGACCCGACGGUCGCGGCUUCCACGAUUGCAGACCCGCCUUUUUCAGGACUGGUGCUGUCAAUGCUGCUGCUGGAUCAGCUUAUGCCGAGUUUGGAAAUACAAAAGUUAUUGUGUCCGUAUUUGGGCCCAGAGAAAGCAAGAAAGCAAUGAUGUAUAGUGAUGUGGGCCGAUUAAAUUGUAAUGUGAGCUAUACAACUUUUUCUACUUCAGUUCGUGGGCAGGGAUCUGACCACAAAGAAUUUUCCUCGAUGCUUCAUAAAGCUUUGGAAGGGGCAAUAAUGUUGGAAUCUUUCCCCAAAACAACUGUAGAUGUUUUUGCAUUGGUGUUGGAAUCUGGUGGCAGUGAUCUCUCUGUUGUAAUAUCUUGUGCUAGCCUUGCCCUAGCUGAUGCGGGAAUUAUGAUGUAUGAUCUCGUUGCUGGAGUUUCAGUGUCUUGUCUCGGUAAGAAUCUGGUAAUUGAUCCAGUUUUCCAAGAAGAAAGGAAUCAGGAUGGAAGCCUAAUGAUUACUUGUAUGCCUUCUCGUUACGAGGUCACACAGCUCACAGUUACCGGAGAAUGGUCUGCUGCUAAAGUGAACGAGGCAAUGCAGCUUUGUCUAGACGCAUGCUCGAAGCUUGCAAUAGUUAUGAGAUCAUGUCUGACAGAAUCUGCUUCAGUCUCACAAGACUAGCAAAUAAAUUAAUAAUAGCUUCGGGAAAAUAGUAAAAUGUUCAUUUGCUCGUUUUUUGAAUACGAGUGACCUGUACAAUUUUGCUAGAAUACUUUAACUGGAGCCCAAAUUUUGAUCCA